UUGCGGCAGUGGGAAAUGGACGGAAUGAAACCGGGUUUUAAUCACCGCGCAUCUGGCUCUCCGAGUGCGCGCAGUUUACGUCUGACAUGAGUUCGGACUGCGAAAGUUACUACACCGAAGAAAACGUGCUCGUGGAGAACUUCACGUGUCCGAAAGCGGACGGUGACACCACGGCACUCUACUGCUGCGGUUUCAGUGACUUGAAGUACUGCUGCGCUGACCCCAACAGCUUUUUCCCUUACGAAUAUGGAUACAUGUGGUGGUUGAGUCUCGGAGCCCUCAUGGGUCUGUCAAUAGCAGCUGUGGUUCUUCUCGCCUUCAUCAUCACUCUGUGUGUCCUCUGCUAUCUGUUCAUCACCACCAAACCCAGAGGUCUGGACAAUGGACUGCCAUUGCGAGCACCAGGUUCUACAUCUAGCCCACAAGCACCAGGGCCCAGUAACAGCAGUGUCCCACCUGGUCCCCAAGGCCUCAGGAAACAUUUCCUGAGAGGCAGGCUGGACUGUGACAACCAACCCCCGGACCCUGACCGCCUUUUCCAACGUUGUUUCUUGGCUACGGUUACGUCUGUCAAAGUGGAGGGUCCUGCUUAGCCAGAGUUAUUUCUUGGUGUUUCUUGGCCGCCUACCUGUCACCACUCCACUAUAGUUUUCUGCAUUAUAACAAUCCAGGCUGAGCUUAAGUUUGAUCUCCACAUCAUUACAUUUUGUCAUGUUUGAUUCAACAGAACACAAAUGCAAACAUUUCUGUUUGAGCCCUGAGACAAAUUAUUCCUGUUUUAGAAAAAGAACAAACUGAAAAAGUUUCAGCUGAUUAAAAAUGUAGCCAAAGAUGCAAAUGUGAUUUUGAUGACGUAACUUUUUGCAUGUAUUACUUUUAGUUUGAAGAGUCACAACUAUUAUGUGUUGCACUAAAACCCAGAAGUUAUUGUUCCACUUAAUCAACAGAGACAGCAAAACCUCUGAUUGGAAAUCAUUAUUUUGCUACCUGUCCCAAAAGGCGUUAUAGUCUGCUUGAAGGAAUACAACUAAACAGUACAAUUACAGGCUGCUACUUUAUGGAUAGUUGAAUAUUUAUAUGCUGGCAAAUCACCAGCAGUGAGUAUUCAAAAGAAUAUAUUUACUGAAAAAUGCUGAUUGCACAUUAUUUAAAAUCCACAGUUUGAAAUGGCUUUAGAUGGAUGAGCUUAUUUCUAAUACAUUUCUUUAAAUGAUAAGUAACCCCAACAUGGACCUUGAGGGGAGA